GCAGGUGAAUGACCUCUGCUGGCAUGUGCGCUGCCUCUCGUGCAGUGUUUGCAGAACAUCCCUGGGAAGGCAUACCAGCUGCUACAUCAAAGAUAAAGAUAUCUUCUGUAAACUUGAUUAUUUCAGGCGGUACGGCACGCGCUGCUCCCGCUGUGGGAGGCACAUCCACUCCACUGACUGGGUCCGGAGGGCCAAAGGGAACGUGUACCACUUGGCAUGCUUUGCAUGCUUCUCCUGCAAAAGGCAGCUUUCAACUGGAGAGGAGUUUGCUUUGGUUGAAGAGAAAGUCCUUUGUAGAGUACAUUACGACUGCAUGUUGGACAAUCUGAAAAGAGAAGUCGAAAAUGGUAAUGGGAUUAGUGUGGAAGGAGCUUUACUAACAGAACAAGAUGUCAACCAUCCAAAACCAGCAAAAAGAGCUCGGACCAGCUUCACAGCAGAUCAGCUCCAGGUUAUGCAAGCACAAUUUGCUCAGGACAACAAUCCAGAUGCACAAACUCUUCAGAAACUGGCAGAAAGAACAGGCUUGAGCAGGCGUGUUAUCCAGGUGUGGUUCCAGAACUGCAGAGCACGCCAUAAGAAACAUGUUAGUCCCAACCAUUCAUCUACUGCUCCUGUCACUGCAGUUCAGCCCUCCAGGCUGUCUCCACCCAUGUUAGAAGAAAUGGCAUACUCUGCGUACGUACCCCAGGAUGGGACUAUGCUGACUGCUUUGCACAGCUACAUGGAUGCUCAUUCACCUACAGCUCUUGGACUCCAGCCUUUGCUAUCCCAUUCAAUGACACAACUGCCACUAAGUCACACCUAAUUCCUUUCUGUCAGGGAUAUAAGCUAUUAAAGAUGUAACCUUAAGUCAUUGUGUAUUGGAAAUAUCAUUGGAAAGAUAUUAAUGUUAUCUUUUUAUUUAACAUCCAAAGCAUUUUCAAGAUCAUUUUUGCUGCCCAGGUAUGUAAGUAUAUUUAGCCUGCAAGACACUUUUAUGGAUUCUGCAUAAGUAACUAUUACAUUGUUUACAAGCCUUAUUAAACACCUUUUUGUAUUGUCUGGAAGUAGUCCACUCUAGUUAAUGUGUGUGUUAAUUUAUUUGUCAUCAAAAGAGCACUUUGCCUAAAAGAAUGGACUGACAAUUGUGCAAAAUGUUUACAAUUAUUUGUGAAAUUGUAGUUUAUCAUUAGUUUGUAUCUGUAAGUUAUUGCUGAAAGUAUUACCUGUAUUUGAGUUGUAUACAGCCUAUAUGUUAAAGCUUAUUUCAGUGAGUUUACAAAAAUUAAUUUUGGUUGCAAAUAUUUUCAGAAAGAACUGAAUAAAGCUUCUGCUGUAGCAUGCCAAGCAAAAA